UGAGAUACGGUUUAUUCGACCUCUGUGCGAUGUUGCACUUCUAGCGGAGGAAAUGGCGCCCGUCAGGUGCAGUAGGGUUUACAGUGGGAACCAGUCAACUACUCUCGAAGUUGACACGUAAACUAUCUAACUUCCUCUCACUCUACCAGGCUCAGUGGGCACAGAAAUAUGUUUUUAAGUGGCGAGAAACACAGUUUUUGUCCGAUGGUGAAGACAUAACAGGAACACAAGACUCUGGUAUUUGGGAACAUUGCUGGUACUGUAGACCCCUUGCAGAGGAAUGGCCAAAGAGCAGAAACAAAGCAAGGCAGAAACAUUUGUAAUGGCUGGAUCGAAUGGUCACAAUGGCCAACAAUGGCAGACUGGAAUGAAUAACUUGAUCAAUCACUCUCCAGGCACUAACCACACGUCGAGGAUGGCCCGCGUUGCUUCAGAUGUAAGGCAUAAGUGUGCGGCCUAUGUGCUAGCACUGAGACCGUGGAGCUUCAGUGCCUCGCUCACACCGGUGGCCCUUGGCAGCGCCUUGGCGUACAAACUGGAGGGCUCUGUGGAUUUGGUCAUCCUGAUGGUGUGCGCGGUGGCCGUUCUCGUAGUCCAUGGGGCAGGCAACCUUGUAAACACCUACUAUGACUUCUCCAAAGGGAUUGACCACAAGAAGAGUGAUGAUAGGACUCUUGUGGAUGAAAUCUUGGCACCGCAGGAUAUUGUAAUGUUCGGAGCAUUGUUAUAUUCUUUGGGAUGCUUGUGUGCCACUCUGCUUUACUUCCUGUCGACGCUUAGACUGGAGCACCUAGCCCUAAUUUACUUUGGGGGACUCUCCAGCUCUUUUUUAUACACUGGAGGCAUCGGCCUCAAGUACGUGGCCCUGGGAGACGUGGUAAUCCUCAUCACCUUCGGCCCGCUGGCAGUCAUGUUUGCCCACGCGGUGCAGGUUGGCUACCUGUCAGUGCUGCCGCUGGUGUAUGCCGUACCGCUGGCCCUCAACACAGAAGCCAUCCUCCACAGCAACAACACAAGAGACAUGGACUCUGACAAGCAGGCGGGCAUUGUCACUCUGGCCAUCCUCAUAGGCCCCACACUGUCCUACGUCCUAUACAACCUCCUGCUUUUCGUCCCCUACGUGCUCUUCUGCAUCCUCGCCACCCGUUACACCAUUAGCAUGGCGCUGCCUCUGCUCACGCUGCCCAUGGCCUUCCCCCUGGAGAAGCAGUUUCGCAGCCGAUACUACGCCAAGAUCCCCCAAAAGACGGCCAAACUUAACCUCCUUAUGGGACUUUUCUACGUGUUCGGGAUCAUUCUGGCACCUCCUGGCAGCUUGCCGUUAUUGUGAUUAAUUAGAUUGUCGUUUUAAUACAGACUAGUUCUUUGUAUUUGUACAAAGUUAUGAGGGCUUUCAUUGGCUUUAAUUUAUUGUCUAAUUUAUAUGUUGAACAGAGAUUUAGUUUAGGUCCUCCUCUGUGACACUGAAGGCAGAAUCAGAUGUAUUUUAUUCAGUAUUAAACCCACUGUAAAUUAUUGGUAAAGUGUUGGUGUUAUUUUGUAUAGGUAGGCAACAUUUUCAUCAUAUAAGGAUGGACAGUAAACCUACAGUUGCCAUAUUUGUUGUUCAAGACACAACACUGAUACCUAAAAACAAUAAACCAUUAUUCUCAUCAUUGUACUAUACAGUAAAUACUGUUCAUUUGUUCAUGGUGAAACUUUUUUCUUUUCUUUUUUUUAGAGAGCCAAAUAGUAUUUCGUUGGAUUGUAAUAAAACUCACUGAUGUUGAUGUCCCAUGUCUUCAUUGUGGAUCGAAGCUGAAGAAGUUCACUUUUCUUCCAGCCUAAACAAACAUGAUAAUACAAUAUAACAUCCAAGUGAGCAAUUUGAUGUUAAAUACUGGUUUAAUAACAAAUUGAUGAAUGUUCAAAUACUUCUUGAUUUACAUGGUAAACAAGAUUGGAAAAGAGUUGAGUUGUAACAAAGUACAAAAUGUGGCAGUUAAGUGGCUGUCAGACAGGUUGAAUGGACACUGAAUAAGAAAAUAAUUUGUUGAACCAGAAAUGUUGGCCCUGGUUUCAGGAAUCAUCAAGCUGCAACCUGCAGGUGUGAAUAGCCACAUUUACAGACCAGCAUAUAUUCUCCUUGUGUUGGUAGAGAGCAUAGACUAUAUAACAUCUCUGGUAGAGGGAUACAAAGUUGUGUUUCUACAUGAACAUCUCCAUAGUCUCAAAUGUCUGCAUUGUUAUUGUCACCAUAGGUAACUACUCAUCAUCUACACCUCACGUUACCUGUGGUGUACCGCAAGGUUCAAUUUUAGGUCCAAUUUUAUUUUCUAUCUACAUGCUUCCACUUGGCCAACUCAUUCAACAUCAAAAUGUCUCUUCAUUGCUACGCAGACGAUACACAGACAUACUUUCCCCUGAGACCCGGUGACCCAAAAAGCCUAGCUGCUCUUUUAGACUGUCUCAGUGAUGUCAACUGUUGGAUGACACAUUUUCUUCAACUCAAUAACUCAAAAUCAGAAAUCAUAUUGUUCAAUCCCCCAAACCCCAUCAGUCUCAUUGAGAAUGUCCUCAGUCCCUUGUCUGCAUGUGAAGCCCACUGCCAGAAAUUUGGGCGUACUGUUUGAUUUUGAUCUAAGCUGUAAACCACAAAUCAAAAAAGUUGUCCAAUACUGUUAUCAAACAAAUAAGAACCAUCUCCAGAACUAAACCAAUGCUUUCACACUUCUCUCCGUUGGCUCCCUGUUCAUUUUGGAAUUGAUUUUAAGAUUUUACUGAUCACUUUUAAAGCAUGUGUGGGUCCAGCCCCAAGCUACAUAAUGGAAAUGUUGAUCCAAUAUGAGCCAGCUCGCAGCCUUAGAUCCUCAGGUGGGGCCCUUCUGGCUGUUCCAAAGUCGAGGCUUAAAUCUAAAGGUGACCAUGCUUUCGCCAUCAGAGCCCCUCCACUGUGGAAUGACCUGCCUGAGGAGAUAAGGCUUGCAGAAUCAUGCCUUUUUUUAAAUCACUUCUUAAAACUCAUCUUUAUAGACUUGCUUUUAUGUGAUGUCGUACUUUUAUUCGUCUCUUUAUUGCUUUCAUUGAUUCCAUUAGUUUAUAUUUCCUUUGUCAUGUUUUUCAUUGUUUUACGUUAUCUUGUCUUAAUUUUUUUGUUUUGCUUUGUUUGACGUUUUUUGUUUUGGCUUUGUGCUGUUAUAUUGCCCUCUGGAUAUCCUGUUUCUGCUAUGCCUUGUCUGUCAAAGCACUUUGUAAACUCUGUUUUUAAAGGUACUAUAUAAAUAAAGUUAUUAUUAUUA